CUGCACAUUCCUUCUACCUGUGCAGAGAGGACAAUCAGGUGUGCACACAUGACAACCAAUACUGGACAAAUGGGCUCUCUGCCCCGGGGAGGGGCCAUAUUUUGCACCAUACCCGACAUUCUCUACCUUCCAGAGCUUGUCUUUGGUGGUCUGGUGUUGAGCCUGGUUGGAUCUACGUCCAUCGAACCUAACAACCCACAGGCAUACGUGAUCUCUGUGGCAAUUUUCUGUUUCAUCAUGACAUUCUUCUGGUUGCUGAUCUUUGCCUGUGGGUCUCAUCGAAACAGAAGCUUUUGGGCAAGCGCGGAUGUAGCAUACCAUGGAUUUGCAGCGCUCCUUUAUCUCAGUGCUUCUGUGCUUCUAGCUUUUAUAACAAUUCUUAUCAGUAUACAAUAUGGCAAUAACCUACUUACUUACAAGCAGGACGUAGCUGCUGUGGUGUUUUCCUUUUUCACCACGUUACUGUAUGUCAUCCACACCAUUUUCUCAGCCAUCAGGUGGAAAUCCUUCUGAAACGUCUGAACCUUAACCCGCUUUACUCAUCUGACAUCACAUAUAAUUAUUGAACAGAUGUUUACACAAGCAAUGGUAUUUA